ACGGAGAAGUGCGGGGGAAGGAACAAUUAACGGUUGGGAAAAUUCCGGAUACCGCUGCUAUGGCCGAGUCUCAGCUUCUGUGCAUGGACGAAGAUCACGUCAACGAAAAGAUACCCGAAUCCAAAGCAGAGUUCUACUACUGCGAGGAGCAGCGAGCCGCGCUCGAGCAACUAUUGAAGAACGGUGAUGGCGCGUUCAAGAUGCGACUGACAGAGGACAACGUCAGAGACUUUCUAUCCGCUCGCGAGAUUAAAUGGAUUCGAAAAACUUUUGAUGAAUAUGAUUCGGAUAGUGAGUCCGAGAAGGGCGAAUACGAAAAGGCUCAGGAGUCCAAUGCAGACUCGGGGGUCCACUCCACAUACUGGCCUCAGAUGUCGGACACGGAUGUCCCGCCGCUUGACAUCGGCUGGCCAGGCAGCACUAGUUUUUAUAAAGGUGUUACGCGAGUAUCCGUGCACACGCACCCACCCAAAAACAAGGGGCCCCAUAUAAAAGAGGUUGUCAGGAGACUCAUUCAAGAAUCUAACAAGGUAGUAGCUGUGGUCAUGGACCACCUUACAGACCUGCAAAUCCUUCAGGACCUAUUGGACGCAGCACAGAGACGAGUGGUGGCUGUGUACAUCAUACUGGAGGCUCGUGGUAUGCCCCACUUCCUGGAUAUGUGCACUCGUUUACAGAUCACUGCUCUGCAUCUACGGAACCUGCGUGUGCGAACGGUGAAAGGUUCUGGGCUGGCCCUGUCAUUUGGCAGGCUGCCCGGCUCUCUGUGCUCCAAGUACAUGCUGGUGGACGGAGAAAAGGUUAUGUUUGGCUCUUACAGCUUCACAUGGAGCUCCUCCAGGAUGGACAGGAACACCAUCACAGUAAUGUCUGGGCAGGUGGUGGACUUCUUCGACAAUGACUUCAGGGAAAUGUAUGCUGUAUCUGAGAAUGUGGACCUUUACAAGGAGUUCCACAUUACCAAGCCUCCCAUGCCUGCGCCGGUACGGAAGGUGGUGGUCCCCAAGCCCCUGUUGAUGUCCACCUCCCGUUUCCAGGUGUCUCUAGGGGACUCUCGGGGGCAGGCUGACCAGAGAGUGCCUGCACAUAAAUACCACAACCCUAAGUAUUCUCUGGUGGUGGGGAACAGUCUCGGACUCACUGGGUCCUUACAGGACCUCUCCACACUCAGAGACUCACUGGGUGGUGGACUCGAACGGAACGGACUGUCGACGCUACUCCAUGCCAAAGGGGGCAGUAGUGUGGAACUGGACAAGGUCACUGCGAAGUCCCCCAGUUCUCCUGUGGAGGAUGAGGAGGAUGGGAAGGGAGGUUUGCAGAAGCGCCAGGCCUUAGGUGGAAAGAAACAACGCAGUUCUUUCAGGCUCUUCCUGAAAGGCAGAGGAUCCAAUCACAACAGUGCGACUAUAGAGGAGGAUGGGGCCACUCCUUCAAACCCCUCUUCUACCCGCCCAAACCCCUCCCCUAGCCACCCAACUCCCUCCCCUACCCACCCAACCCCCUCCUUUACCCACCAAACCCCCUCCCCUACACGCACAAACCCCUCUCCUACCCACCCAACCCCCUCCCUUACCCACCCAACCCCCUCCCCUCGCAACCCAAACCCCUCCCCUACCCACUCAACACCCUCCCCUACCCGCCCAAACCACUCCCCUACCCACUCACUACCCUCCCCUACCCGCCCAAACCCCUCUCCGACCCGCCAAAACCCCUCCUCUACCCGCAAAUUCUCAGAUCCGAAUAGCACUGCCACUGAGGACUCAUUUGAGAUUGUAGAGAAACCGUCCCUGUUGAAAUUUAAGAACAAAAAGCCUUCAAAACUGCCUCAAAGAAGUAUGUCUCUAAUGACCCUCAACAAAGGAGAGGAUGACGGAAAGGGACACCAGAAGCCUUCCAAGAGGAACUGCAUUCAGUCCUGAGAUGAAGAGAGGGAGGACAGGAUCAGCUGGGAGAGACAGAGACAGAGGACAUUUGAAGUAAUUGCCAGUAUCAGAUGCAGUAUUAGAUGGAGUAUAGUAAUGACAUUCCAUGGCAGGAGUAUAGUAAUGGCAUGCCAUGGCAGGAGUAUAGUAAUGACAUGUCGUGGCAGGAGUAUAGUGAUGUCAUGCCAUGACAGGAGUAUAGUGACUUCAUGCCAUGGCAGGAGUAUAGUGAUUACAUGUCAUGGCAGGAGUAUAGUAAUGACAUGGCAUGGCAGGAGUAUAGUAAUGGCAUGUCAUGGCAGGAGUAUAGUGAUGUCAUGCCAUGGCAGGAGUAUAGUAAUGGCAUGUCAUGGCAGGAGUAUAGUGACGUCAUGCCAUGGCAUGAGUAUAGUGAUGACAUGUCAUGGCGGGAGUAUAGUGAUUAGAUGUCAUGGCAGGAUUAUAGUAAUGACAUGGCAUGGCAGGAGUAUAGUAAUGGCAUGUCAUGGCAGGAGUAUAGUGAUGUCAUGCCAUGGCAGGAGUAUAGUGACUUCAUGCCAUGGCGGGAGUAUAGUGAUACAUGUCAUGGCAGGAGUAUAGUAAUGACAUGGCAUGGCAGGAGUAUAGUAAUGGCAUGUCAUGGCAGGAGUAUAGUGAUGUCAUGCCAUGGCAGGAGUAUAGUGAUGACAUGUCAUGGCGGGAGUAUAGUGAUUAGAUGUCAUGGUAGGAGUAUAGUAUUUGCAGGGCAUGGCAGGAGUAUAGUAAUGGCAUGUCAUGGCAGGAGUAUGGUGAUGUCAUGCCAUGGCAGGAGUAUAGUGACUUCAUGCCAUGGCGGGAGUAUAGUGAUACAUGUCAUGGCAGGAGUAUAGUAAUGACAUGGCAUGGCAGGAGUAUAGUAAUGGCAUGUCAUGGCAGGAGUAUAGUGAUGUCAUGCCAUGGCAGGAGUAUAGUGAUGACAUGUCAUGGCAGGAGUAUAGUGAUUAGAUGUCAUGGUAGGAGUAUAGUAUUUGCAGGGCAUGGCAGGAGUAUAGUAAUGGCAUGUCAUGGCAGGAGUAUGGUGAUGUCAUGCCAUGGCAGGAGUAUAGUGAUUACAUGUCAUGGCAGGAGUAUAGGAGCGACAUGGCAUGGCAGGAGUAUAGUGAUUACAUGUCAUGGCAGGAGUAUAGUAAUAACAUGUCAUGGCAGGGGUAUAGUAAUUGCAUGUCAUGGCAGGAGUAUAGUGAUGUCAUGCCAUGACAGGAGUAUAGUGACUUCAUGCCAUGGCAGGAGUAUAGUGAUUACAUGUAAUGGCAGGAGUAUAGUAAUGACAUGGCAUGGCAGGAGUAUAGUAAUGGCAUGUCAUGGCAGGAGUAUAGUGAUGUCAUACCAUGGCAGGAGUAUAGUGAUGUCAUGCCAUGGCAGGAAUAUAGUAAUGGCAUGCCAUGGCAUGAGUAUAGUGAUGACAUGUCAUGGCAGGAGUAUAGUAAUGGCAUGGCAUGGCAGGAGUAUAGUAAUGGCAUGUCAUGGCAGGAGUAUAGUGAUGUCAUGCCAUGGCAGGAGUAUAGUGAUUACAUGUCAUGGCAGGAGUAUAGUAAUGACAUGGCAUGGCAGGAGUAUAGUAAUGGCAUGUCAUGGCAGGAGUAUAGUGAUGUCAUGCCAUGGCAGGAGUAUAGUGAUGACAUGUCAUGGCGGGAGUAUAGUGAUUAGAUGUCAUGGUAGGAAUAUAGUAUUUGCAUGGCAUGGCAGGAGUAUAGUAAUGGCAUGUCAUGGCAGGAGUAUAGUGAUGUCAUGCCAUGGCAGGAGUAUAGUGAUCACAUGUCAUGGCAGGAGUAUAGUAGCGACAUGUCAUGGCAGGAGUAUAGUGAUUACAUGUCAUGGCAGGAGUAUAGUAAUGACAUGUCAUGGCAGGAGUAUAGUAAUGACAUGUCAUGGCAGGAGUAUAGUAAUGACAUGUCAUGGCAGGAGUAUAGUGAUUGCAUGCCAUGGCAGGAGUAUAGUGGUUACAUGUCAUGGCAGGAGUAUAGUAAUGUCAUGGCAGGAGUAUAGUAAUGACAUGUCAUGGCAGGGGUAUAGUAAUUGCAUGCCAUGGCAGGAGUAUAGUAAUUGCAUGUCAUGGCAGGAGUAUAGUAAUGACAUGCCAUGGCAGGAGUAUAGUGAUUACAUGUCAUGGCAGGAGUAUAGUGAUUACAUGUCAUGGCAUGAGUAUAGUAAUGACAUGUCAUGGCAGGAGUAUAGUGAUGCCAUGUCAUGGCAGGAGUAUAGUGAUUACAUGUCAUGGCAGGAGUAUAGUGAUUAAAUGUCAUGGCAGGAGUAUAGUAAUGACAUGUCAUGGCAGGAGUAUAGUGAUUACAUAUCAUUGCAGGAGUAUGGUGAUUAGAUGUCAUGGCAGGAGUAUAGUGAUUACAUGUCAUGGCAGGGGUAUAGUGAUUACAUGUCAUGGCAGGCGUAUAGUGAUUAAAUGUCAUGGCAGGAGUAUAGUAAUGACAUGUCAUGGCAGGAGUAUAGUAAUUGCAUAUCAUGACAGGAGUGUAGUAAUGACAUGCCAUGGCAGGAGUAUAGUGAUUAAAUGUCAUGGCAGGAGUAGAGUAAUGACAUGUCAUGGCAGGAGUAUAGUGAUUAAAUGUCAUGGCAUGAGUAUAGUAAUGACAUGCCAUGGCAGGAGUAUGGUGAUUACAUGUCAUGGCAGGAGUACAGUGAAUAAAUGUCAUGGCAGGAGUAUAGUAAUGAGAUGCCAUGGCAGGAGUAUAGUGAGUACAUGUCAUGGCAGGAGUAUAGUAAUUGCAUAUCAUGGCAGGAGUGUAGUAAUGACAUGCCAUGGCAGGAGUAUAGUAAUUACAUGUGCUGCUCAUUCUAUGAACUACUGUAAUGUUCCUUAGUGAGACUUGGUGUGAGACUGUGUGGACCGCCACUGCCUUAUCAGUUAGAGUAGUGAGAGUCUUCAAUGCCAGACCCGCUGUUCCUUUAAUAUGAGCCUAAUGUUGUUGUUUAGCAGGAGUGAUUGGAUGCCACAUACCAGCGAGUGUCUCCUGAGUCCUGCCCGUCUCAGAUGGCAUUCACCACCUGUGUCAGGGAAAUGCCAGUACAGACAUGAUCGGUCAGUCAUUCGAUGCUUGAAAACUGAUCUUAUGUUACUGCUCACAUGUCAUAAGAAAUCAAAAAUGAAACAUUGCACAGAACUACCAAUGUACAUGAGCUAUUUUGUCAUUUUAAAAACAAAUCUUGAUUCACAACCUCAUUUUAGCACCCCCCCUUAUAUUAUACCCCAUAAAAUAUGCAAGAAUUUCAGCUUUUCCUCUGCUUUUAAAAACGGAAAAAUCUAUGUAUGAUUGCUUCCCUGUAUCACUGUCAUUGAAACGGCAGCUUUUAAACCUAAAUAAAUGGAUGGCGUUAAAAACACAUCUAUCCCAGGUAUAGAUGUAUUCUGAAUGUGUCUAUCCUUCAGGUUACUAUGGAGAAGGAAAAGUGAUCAGCUCUCUUCUCUCACACAAGGUAUCACCUUACCAAGGGCACUUUGUUAAAUUGUUCGUGGACUGGCUCUUAUCUCCACUGGAGUGUGUAGUGUCUGAAUAAUGGAUGUUGUUUUAACAGAUCAGACACAGAUCACGCGCCGCUGCUGUUAACAUGCAAUAAUACAUUGUCUCUAAACCUAUGUGACAUUAUAACCAUGUCAGUGGUCCAUGGCUAUAUUUGUCAUCUUAAUAAAAAAGAAGCAAUAGGGACUAAGACGUAUUUUGCUUCUUUUUUAUGCAUAGCAAUUACAAAGAGCAAAGGACAUUUUCUUAUUGAAAUUAUAGUGUGAAGUCUUGUAUAUAAAAAUGCCAAAGAUGUAUGAGACCACACAUACUUCAUGUAAUUGACUGACUUCCUAUCUCUGAUGUGUGACUGUUGUUUUAUAUGAAAUCAUAAUAUUAAAAAUAACUUUUGUA